AUGCCAGAACCUCGUUACUGGCUGUUCAAGUCCGAACCUUCUUCCUAUUCCUACGACGACUUGCAGUCCGAAAACGACCAGACCGCCGAGUGGGACGGCGUCCGCAAUUAUCAGGCUCGUAACUUCAUGCGCGACGACAUGCGCGUCGGGGAUUACGUCCUCUUUUACCACAGCAACGCCAAGCCCCCGGGCGUCAUCGGCACCGCUCGCAUCGUCCGUGAAUCCUACCCUGAUGACACCGCAUGGGAUUCCAACUCACGCUACUAUGACCCCAAGUCCGACCCGGCCAACCCCACCUGGCUCAUGGUUGACAUAAAAGCCGAAACCCGCCUGCCGCGCUUCGUCAGUCUUAACGAGCUCAAGGCUAACCAGUCCCUGGCUGAUAUGCAGGUCAUCAAGCGGGGCCAGCGCCUCUCCAUCCAGCCCGUCACCCUUGAGGAAUGGGCCGAAGUGCUCGCUAUGGCUGACCGCCCGGAACCCUAG